UGGUGGAGAACUCUUCGAUUACUUAGUGAAGAAAGGUCGGCUAACUCCUAAAGAAGCGAGGCGUUUCUUUAGGCAAAUCAUAUCCGCUUUGGACUUUUGCCAUAGUCAUUCUAUUUGCCACAGAGACCUCAAGCCAGAAAAUCUGUUGCUAGACGAGAGGAAUAAUAUAAAAAUAGCAGAUUUCGGCAUGGCCUCCCUUCAACCUGCGGGCUCACUGCUCGAGACCUCUUGCGGGAGUCCACAUUAUGCUUGCCCAGAAGUCAUUAGGGGUGAAAAAUAUGAUGGUCGACGGGCGGACGUGUGGUCUUGUGGAGUAAUCCUGUAUGCAUUACUCGUCGGUGCAUUGCCUUUUGACGACGAUAAUUUGCGUCAAUUACUUGAAAAGGUAAAACGCGGCGUGUUUCACGUGCCGCAUUUUGUUCCGCCAGACUGCCAACAGCUGCUUCGAGGCAUGAUCGAAGUAAACCCCGAAAAACGAAUGACGCUGGCUGAAAUUACCAGACACCCGUGGGUAACGGCGGGAGGCAGGGGUGAGCUGGAACAGGAGUUACCCAUGAUGGAAGUGGUGCAGACUCGAGUGCUGCCAUCUGCCGAGGCCGUGGAUCCCGAUGUUUUGCAGGCUAUGUGCAGUUUGGGCUGCUUCAAGCAACGGGAGAAACUUGUCCAGGAACUUUUAAGUCAGCACCACAACACUGAGAAGGUGAUCUACUUCCUGCUGCUGGAGCGCAAGCGGCGGCGGCCGGCGCGCGACGACGAGCCGCGCCCGCCCGCGCCCGCCGCCCCCGCCGACCCGCCGCGCAAGCGCCUCGACACCUGCCGGGUAAACGGACAAUCAGCACACUUCGGCCAAAUCAGCGAAGGGUCUCCGAUCACGCCGCGAAGAUCACAAUUCAGGUCUUCGUCCAGCCGCCGCACCGAGGGUCGCAGCUCACCGCAGCUGUCUGCCAGCCCGCCUGGCAAAUCACCAGGUCACACUCCGCAUCGAGUGUCGUCUUUAGGCGGUACGCCGGCAACACCAGGAUCGCCUUUAGCCUCUCCAUCAGUUCGAGAACAUCAUCACCAAAGAGCGAACUCUACAGGGCCUACCAUCAGCUUGAAUAUUAGUGGGGAGCCAGGGGAAGCCGUGAUUAUUAUAAACGAAGCUCCCAUAAUGGGAACCUCAGUGGCUGCCAGACCUCAUAGUCCUUCGCAAUCACAUAGAGUUCGCGAAAGGUCGUCACUGCCCGGCCCUCCGAGCUCCACGCAGUCCCCCGCGCAGGCGUCGUUGUUCCCCAACCUUGGAACUAUAACAGGCGUGGGCGUGGGCGCCGGCGGCGUGGGCGCGGGCGGGGCGGCGGCGCCGUGGCGCGUGCGCCUCGCCACCAUCAAGAACUCCUUCCUCGGCUCGCCGCGCUUCCACCGGCGGAAAAUGCAGA